AUGGCCUCCCGCAGCUUCUCCAAGGCGCUUCGUUCGCCAAUGGCCCGCCAAUUGGCGGCCAAGCCUGCUACUCAGCAGCGCACCUUCGUUGCUGCCCGCCAGCUCGUCCGCGCCUCUGCCCAGGUCAACAAGGCUUUCGUCGCUCCUGCUCAGCAGCAGGCUCGCGGUGUCAAGACCAUGGACUUCGCCGGCCACAAGGAGGACGUCUACGAGCGUGCCGACUGGCCCCAGGAGAAGCUUCUUGAGUACUUCAAGGACGACACCCUCGCCCUCAUCGGCUACGGCUCCCAGGGUCACGGCCAGGGUCUUAACCUCCGUGACAACGGCCUCAACGUCAUCGUCGGUGUCCGCAAGAACGGCCAGUCCUGGAAGGACGCCCAGCAGGACGGCUGGGUUCCCGGCAAGAACCUCUUCGAUGUCGAUGAGGCCAUCUCCCGCGGUACCAUCGUCAUGAACCUUCUCUCCGACGCCGCCCAGUCCGAGACCUGGCCCGCCAUCAAGCCCCAGCUCGUCAAGGGCAAGACCCUCUACUUCUCCCACGGCUUCUCCCCCGUCUUCAAGGACGUCACCCAUGUCGACGUCCCCAAGGACAUUGACGUCAUCCUCGUCGCCCCCAAGGGCUCUGGCCGCACCGUCCGCUCCCUCUUCCGUGAGGGCCGUGGUAUCAACUCUUCCUUCGCCGUCUUCCAGGACGUCACUGGCAAGGCCAAGGAGAAGGCCCAGGCUCUCGGUGUCGCCAUCGGCUCCGGCUACCUCUACGAGACCACCUUCGAGAAGGAGGUCUACUCCGACCUGUACGGUGAGCGUGGCUGCCUCAUGGGAGGUAUCCACGGCAUGUUCCUCGCCCAGUACGAGGUUCUCCGUGAGCGCGGCCACUCCCCCUCCGAGGCUUUCAACGAGACCGUCGAGGAGGCCACCCAGUCCCUGUACCCCCUGAUCGGUGCCAACGGCAUGGACUGGAUGUACGAGGCCUGCUCCACCACCGCCCGCCGCGGUGCCAUCGACUGGUCCCCCAAGUUCAAGGACGCCCUCAAGCCCGUCUUCAACAGCCUGUACGACGCCGUCAAGGAUGGCUCCGAGACCAAGCGCUCCCUGGAGUACAACUCCCAGAAGGACUACCGCCAGAAGUUCGAGGCUGAGAUGGAGGAGAUCCGCAACCUUGAGAUCUGGAGAGCCGGCAGAGCCGUCCGCUCUCUGCGUCCCGAGAACCAGAAGUAA